AUGGACAACAACGGCAAUAACAAUAACCGCCUGCACCUCAACUUUGGCAACGACAGGCUGCCUAUGCCCAACGACCGCACAUACCCCACGACGCCCUCGACUUUUCCACAGCCCGUGUUUCCCCCGUCAGCCGCUGGACAGCAGGCCCCGACAAUGCAGCAGCAAGCUGCGUAUGGUGCCGCCGGCUAUGCCCCUCAGGGCUACUUUUCUCAGGGCCAGUACCAGCAGCAGCAGCCCCCGCUGCCGCAACAACCUCAAUACCCUGCCCAGCCCGCUGGCUACGAUUACAACAGCAUGCCCGCUCCUGGCGGCGCCCAGUACCAGCAGCAGCCUCGUUCCAACACACCCGGAAACGACCCCAACACCGGCCUUGCUCACCAGUUCUCCCACCAGAACCUAGGUGGUGCCGCUCGACAGGCCCCCUAUGCGCCGCGCUCCGUUGCCCAGGGCCAGCGCCCCCGAACGGCUGGUGGCAGCUCUCAGCAACCCGCCUACAGCAGCUACUCUAACGUUCCGCUGCCCACGCAGAGUGGCCCCGCGCCGGUCGAGUUCCAGUCCGUCCCCGAAAGAAACCCCGACAAGUUUGGAAGCAAUGCCAACAGCAAUCAGAAGAAGUGCUCCCAGCUUGCCGCCGAUUUCUUCAAGGAUAGCGUCAAGAGAGCCCGCGAGCGCAACCAAAGACAGAGUGAACUGGAAGUCAAACUUCAAGAUCCUGCCCAGAAUGCCGCUAGGAAAGAGCAGCUCUGGUCCACCGCCGGCCGAAAAGAAGGACAGUACCUACGUUUCCUGCGUACAAAGGACAAGCCCGAGAACUAUACCACAGUCAAGAUCAUCGGCAAGGGUGCCUUUGGUGAGGUCAAGCUGGUGCAGAAGAAGGGCGAUGGUAAGGUCUACGCCAUGAAGUCUUUGAUCAAGACCGAAAUGUUUAAGAAGGACCAGCUCGCCCACGUGCGCUCAGAACGCGAUAUUCUCGCCGAGUCUGACAGCCCGUGGGUCGUCAAGCUGUACACCACAUUCCAGGAUACCUACUUUUUGUACAUGCUUAUGGAGUUCUUGCCUGGUGGUGACUUGAUGACUAUGCUCAUCAAGUACGAGAUCUUUUCCGAGGACAUUACUCGUUUCUACAUUGCCGAGAUUGUCCUCGCCAUUGAGGCUGUUCACAAGCUUGGAUUCAUCCAUCGUGAUAUCAAGCCCGACAACAUUCUGCUGGACCGCGGCGGCCACGUCAAGCUGACCGAUUUUGGUCUGUCCACUGGAUUCCACCGUCUGCACGACAACAACUACUACCAGCAGCUGCUGCAAGGCCGCUCAAAUAAGCCUAGAGACCGCAAUUCGGUUGCCAUUGACCAGAUUAACCUGACAGUCAGCAACCGGUCCCAGAUCAACGACUGGAGACGGUCGCGACGUCUGAUGGCCUACUCUACCGUUGGUACCCCCGACUACAUUGCCCCAGAGAUCUUUACGGGCCACGGCUACACAUUCGAUUGCGAUUGGUGGUCGCUGGGAACCAUCAUGUUCGAGUGCCUGGUCGGCUGGCCUCCGUUCUGCGCCGAGGACAGCCACGAUACCUAUCGCAAGAUUGUCAACUGGAGACAGACUCUGUACUUUCCUGACGACAUUACUCUGGGUGUUGAAGCCGAGAACCUCAUUCGAAGCAUGGUUUGCAACACCGAGAACCGUCUCGGACGUGGUGGUGCUCACGAGCUCAAGAACCACGCCUUUUUCCGUGGCGUCGACUUUGACGGACUCCGCCGCAUCCGCGCGCCGUUCGAGCCUCGCCUCACUUCCAACAUUGAUACCACCUACUUCCCUACCGACGAGAUUGACCAGACUGACAACGCCACUGUCCUCAAGGCGCAGGCUCUGCAGCAGAAUGGCAACCGUCCGGUCGAGGAGUCUCCUGAGAUGAGCUUGCCGUUCAUUGGUUACACCUUUAAGCGAUUCGAUAACAACUUCCGCUAA